AUGAGAAUUCUGUCAUUCUGGCAGUGAUGGCUGCAGGAAAAGACACUCACGCUGUCUCACCCAAACUUAUAGACAACUAUGCUGAUGAGAAUAUAGAGACAUCUAAUAACAAUUCUGAACCACAUUUGCCACGAUUUUCACUUAAGCAUGGGAUGAUUCCAAGACGCUAUGUCAUGCCUUGGAAAGAAAACAUGCAAUUCAGGAGCAUGAAUUUGAAGAAUGCAGAAAAGAGUGGGAUUUAUGCUGGUGCGUUAGAAGACUCACUGUUUCUGGAUCACAGUGAAAGGCUUUGCCAUGGGGAAGAUCGAAAAACUGUCUUAAAGAAAGAUUCACCAGAAAUGAAAAUUGCAGAUAUACCUUUGCAUUCACCUCUCUCCAGAUACCAGAGCACUGUGAUUGCCCAUGGUUUCAGGAGACGAUUGGUCUGAUGAAAGAAUAAAGUGAUGAAAUGUU